AUGGAGCCUCCCGUAGCAUGUGCACCGUACGUGUGUGAUGUGCUCGCCGGUCGCUGCUGUAGCUGCUGUACUGUACCUGUUCCCCAGACAGUGCCCACCACCGUCGCGAUGCGACCCGCGCACGCGCUCGCGCUGCUGAUGCUCAUCGGCGGCGCCCACGCGCAGGUGCGAUACUACGGCAAGGAGGUCGGCGCUCUGUCGGAGCUGCAGCACGGCGUGCGCGGCGUGGUGUACGCCGUCGACUCUCGCACGCUCUACAUACACGACUUCCACUACGACGGAGAAGGACCUGCUGCGUAUUUCUACGUGGGCACGAGCACGCCGCCGCGCGCCGGCGCGGGCUCCUUGCGGCUCCGCGACGAGCGUGGCGGCACCAGCCCCCUGCGCAAGUACAACGGCGAGUCCAUCACGCUGUCCGUUCCCGACGGCAAGACGCUCCGGGACUUCCGCUGGUUCAGCGUCUACUGCGAUGAAUAUGAGGUAAACUUCGGCGACGUUUCGAUCUCACGGAGCAUAGAGUACCCUCGGCCCGCGAAGGUGGGCGCGCUGAAGGGCGUGCACGCCGUGUCAUCGGACCCUAUCGUCAUAGUGGACGCGCAGACCAUCCUCGUGCCGAACUUCUCGUACGAUGGCGAAGCUCCCGAUGCCAAGUUCUGGGUGGGGCGCGGCGACAGGCCCUCGCCCCAGGGCAUCCGCAUCCCCGACGAGAAUGGCAAGGAGGUCCCACUGCGCCGCUACGAUAAGAAAACCGUCGUGCUUACACUACCCGGGGAGCUGACGGUAUUCGACAUCGGCUACUUCGCGGUGUGGUGCGAGGCUUUCACUGUCAACUUCGGCCACGUGACGCUGCCCUCGGCCGCGCUCGCCAACGUACCACCCAGUCUCAAGAUGCUCGGAGUGUCCCCACAGAGCCGCAACAAAGAGCUGGCGGGCAGUCCGAGCCACGCUACCACUUCCUCGCCCCGUGCGGCGCGCCCCCGCGCACCAAUCGCCAAACUCGACGCGACCACCUACAGACCACCGUCGAGACUCCGUCCAGGCGCCUCUCUGUUUAGUUCCAUACAACAUAACCUCGAAGAUCGCACCAAUCUUUACAGAAGAGCAAACUCUGAUAACCCUCCCUCUGAGCAACUGGUUCAAGUACAAAGUUCAAAAGAAGUUGACUACCAUGACGAAGGCAACAGUUCCAAAGAGAAAUACUAUCAACCACAACAAAAACAAACCACUGACUACCAGCAAACAAACUACCAACAAGUCGCACAAUCAAACGGACCCAAACCAUAUCAACUACAAGAACAACAGCUGCAACACCAGCACAGGUCACAGGAUCCUCAACAACAGAACCCGCUAACCCCUGAGCAACAUUACCAACAGUUGUUCUUACACCAACAACUAUUGCAACAAGAACUACAGCAAAGGCAACGGCAGCUACAGCAAACUCAGCAGCAACUGUAUUUAAGCCUAGAGCCCCAGAAUUCACAACAACCAAUCAACUACUUCGAUCAGCGCCAGGGUGGGGAGGCUCAGCAGCGAGCUUAUCAGCAGAAGACAGAAGUUUCGGUGCAGCGCAGCGAAGAACCGAUCCAGUACCGUCUCCUGCCGUACUCACAGUCGUGA